AUGUUUGAGACUACGGAACUCCUUUGGCAUGAUCCAUUUCCUUGGUCGAGAAAGCUCCUUUAUCGCGUGAAGAUCCUUCAUCGUCCUCUGAUUGGUACCAUCCGCGUGUUCCUCAGCAUAGGUCCUACUUUGCUGGCGGAUUCUGGCAACAUCUACAACGACGUGCUGCGUGGAGGGCGGUUCGGCCCGUACUGCCAAUUGAUGCCGGAUAUCAUCUGGGCAAAUAUUAAGUACAGAUGCAACGUAACAAGGGCAUUGCAGCCCAGCAAAAGGGACAGCCAACUCAUGACCAAGAAAUAUGACAAGGUUCCUCAGGAGAUGUACGAUGGGUUGUCAGGAGCCCAACAAGCUCUGGUGGAGAUUGAAGAGUGGACGAUGUACCCGCCAUGCUGGGACUGCCACAGCCAUGCAUUUUGCACCAUUCUUGACACGAGCCACACUUGCACGUGUAACCCAGGCUAUGCUGGGGACGGCACUAAGUGUUCUAAUCCAUGUCACAGCACAGUGUGCCCCGAGGGAAAGUUCUGUAACCAUAUACUCACGGCGCCUUUCUACACCUGCGACGCAUAUCCGGCUUGGUCGCUGCUACAGCCCUUGUGCCCGAAAGGAGAGGCCGGUGAUGGCACCACGUGUGGCCCCGACAGGGAUAUGGACGGAAGGCCCGACGCGGACCUAGGGUGCCUCGACGAGCGCUGCCGAUUAGACAACUGCAUCGACAUAUAUAACCCAGACCAGUUUGACCACGAUGGGGAUGACGUCGGUGAUGCUUGCGACUACGAUCUCGACGGUGAUGGGAGGAGCAUCGAAUGGGCAAGGAACAUUGAUAACUGUCCAUCAGUGAUGACUAAUGACCAAACAGACAGUGACGGAGAUGAACAUGGGGAUGCCUGUGACAACUGUCCCUCAACGCCCAACUUGACACAGCGUGACGCAGAUGGUGACGGUCUUGGGGACGAAUGUGACCCGGAUAUGGAUAAUGAUGGUCUUGCCAAUGGAGGUGACAACUGCCCCGACGUCGUCAACGCAGGCCAAGCGGACAGUGAUGGCGAUGGUGUGGGUGAUGCCUGUGAUAAUUGCCCUUCAAUUGCGAACGUCGGACAGGCUGAUGCAGACCAGGACUUUGUUGGUGAUGCCUGUGACACUGACACGGACACAGACAGUGACAGCAUCCAAGAUAACUUGGACAACUGCCCAAGCAUCGCCAACAGUGACCAAAAAGACACCGACAGUGAUGGUAGCGGUGACGCGUGCGACACAGAUGCCGAUGGCGAUGGGAUCCUCAAUACCAACGACAACUGUCCUCUUGUUCCCAACGGAGGCCAGGCUGAUUCUGAUGGAGAUGGCGUUGGUGAUGACUGUGAAGGCGACUACGAUAACGAUGGUGUUCCUGAUGGCACCGACAUCUGCCCAAAGAACGCCCAGGUCUUCACUACAGAGUUCAAAAGAGUGAUGAUAAUUCCCUUGGAGGCUCCCGAUGAUGGACCUAACUGCAACUGGCAAUUUUUAGCUGGAAGGACAGGCUUCUUCCAGAGAGACGAAGGAGACACCUCUGCUGCCGUCGGUGAUGUGAGUCUUGGCAGUGUUGACUACGAAGGAACCUUUACGAUUGAGAGCACCGAUGACGACUUCGUGGGAUUUGUUUUCAGUUUCCAAGACAACCGCAAGUUCUACAUGGUGAAUUUUAAGGAGGCCGCUCAGCAGCUCUCCACACCAGCCAUCAGCGACCAGGGUCUUCAUCUCAAGCUUGUCGAAUCUUCUACCGGGCCUGAUUUGGAUCUCCAGUACGGGAUCUAUAACAGUGCCACUUCCCCGGGCCAAUCCAAUAAAUGGAAAACUUCUUUGCUAACUGGAGGCUGUGUGGAACAAAAACUGUUCCCCCCUCCUCUCCCUUCCACGCAGGUCACCCUCCUCUGGCAAGACAAGAGCGUGCGGUGGAAGCCCAACACGUUCUACCACUGGAAGGUCCUCCACCGCCCCAACAUCGGCCUCAUCCACUUCACCAUGUACGAGAAUGGGAAGUUUUUGAGCACUUCGGGGAACAUCUACAACUCCAGGCUCAAGGGCGGACGGCUCGGGCCUUACAGCUACUCGCAAAGGAGGAUUCUGUGGGUCUACCUCAAGUAUAGCUGUAACGAAAAAGUGCCCCAGGCGAUAUACGACGACCUGCCACCCGCUCUCCAGGCCCAAGUCGAGGUCGAAGACGGAACCUACCAACCUUCUGGAGUCUGAAGCCCACCGGAUUGUGAAGCAGUCUCUGUUGGCUGAUUCGACCCGCAUCAGGAGGAAGGAUUCUGUAGAGCGACACACCACUCAGCACCCCCCCCUCCCCCCCUCUUUAGAUGAUCACUACAGAUAUUGUUCCGCGUGUGGUUGAGUAUCCUACCAUAGCGUACACAUGUGCGUGUGUGAUGUGCAUGUUUUUAUGUAUAUGUAUAUUUGCGUAUGAUUGUGCGUGCGUUUAGACUCGUGUACGUGUCUGCGAGUAAGUGUGCAUGCUGAAUUGUGUGCGAUAUCUCUUGCGGCGUGCAUGAGUAUCUCUUCUCUUUGCGGCGUGCAUCUCUUCCCCCUUUUUUAUUUACGAUGUGGGAAUUCAUACACUUAACUGAAAUUAUGAUGUUUGUGGAGAGAUGCACUUGUUGACUGUCAGUUCAGUCUUUGUUUUCAUAUAAAUGAUUUAUAUAUGGUUUUAUCUAUUUAUCACUUUUAAUCCCAUAUAUUUUAGUUGUUUUGUCUAUUAUUUUCUAGUUUAAAAGUGGUCACACGUCUCGACCGCAACGUCAAGGUGUCCCCGCGGCCCAUUUGUAUUCUUUGAAAAUACAUAAACCUGUUCUGCUGCACAAGAGGGCGUUUCUUUCC